AUGGCGGAUUUUGAAAAACACAACGACAAGGAGGCCGUGGAUAGCCAGCAUGGCUCUGACCUCCACAAUGGCUAUGCCCCUGAGAGGCAGGAUGAGGAAGUUGGCAUCGUCAACAAGGCGGCGCCCCUUGCCAGAGAUCUUCGUGGUCGACACAUGCAAAUGAUCGCCAUUGGUGGUGCUAUCGGAGCUGGUCUCUUCGUCGGAUCUGGUGGUGCCCUCAACGCUGGCGGUCCAGCCUCCCUGAUUAUUGGCUACAUGAUCAUCGGAAUCAUGCUUCUGUUCACAUGUCAGGCGCUCGCCGAGAUGGCUGUUCUUUUCCCAGUCAACGGUGCCUUCUACACUUAUGUCGUUCGUUUUCUUGAUCCUUCAUGGGGCUUUGCCAUGGGCUGGGACUACGCUAUUUCCUGGUUGACCGUCCUCCCUUUCGAGCUCAUCGCCGCCUCUAUUACAAUCACCUUCUGGCGCGAAGAUCUCAACAUGGGUAUCUGGGUCACUGUCUUCCUCGUCGUUCUCGCCGUCAUUCAGAUUUUCGGUGUCCGUGGAUACGGUGAAGUUGAGUUCAUUCUCAGCUUGAUCAAGAUUGCUGCUUGCAUUGGCUUCAUCAUUCUUGGCAUCGUCAUCAACUGCGGUGGCGUCGGUGACCGAGGAUACAUUGGCACCAAGUACUGGCACGAUCCCGGUGCUUUCAAGAACGGUUUCAACGGCUUCGCUGGUGUCUUUGUCGUCGCCGCCUUCUCCUUCGGAGGUACUGAGAUGGUCGGUCUGGCUGCUGCCGAGUCUGCAAACCCGAAGAAGGCCAUUCCCAUGGCUACUAAGCAGGUCUUCUGGCGUAUUGCUUUCUUCUAUAUUGUCAACCUGUUCAUCUUGGGGCUGAUCGUCCGAUCUGACGAUGACCGCCUUCUCAACUCUUCCGGUGCCAACACAAAGGCCUCGCCCUUCGUGCUGGCCAUUCAGGAUGCUGGUAUCAAGGUCUUGCCAUCGAUCUUCAAUGCUGUGAUCACUGUUGCUGUGAUCAGCGUUGCGAACUCCUGCACUUUCGGCUCGACUCGUACCAUGCAGGCUCUUGCCGAGCGUGGCAUGGCUCCGGGUUUCCUGGCUUAUGUUGAUAAGCAUGGCCGUCCCAUUUGGUGUGUCCUCAUCCAGCUCGCGUUCGGCCUCCUCGCUUUUAUCGGCGAAUCCAAUAAGAAGUCCGAGUUUUUCGGUUGGCUUCUUGCUCUUUCUGGUUUAGGAUAUUUCUUCUGUUGGGGCUCCAUUUGUGCCGCUCACAUUCGAUUCCGUUACGCGUGGAAGGCUCAGGGAUACACUCUCGAUCAGAUUCCGUACAAGCCGGCUCUAGGUGUUUGGGGAAGUUGGAUAGCCCUCGGUCUUAACAUCCUCUGCCUCAUUGCGACGUUUUACAGUGCGCUUUAUCCGUCGCCUGGCGCUAAACCUGAUGCAGAGUACUUCUUCCAGCAGUACCUGGCUUUGCCGGUUGUCAUUGCCUUGUAUCUCGGGUGGAAAAUCUACAGCCGUGACUGGAGACUAUAUAUCCCGGUUCACGAGAUUGACCUGAAGUCAGGAGUGCGUAUGCAUUUCCCCGGCGAUGAUGAGGAUCCAGAGAUGCACAAGACAUGGAAGAACCUUCCAUACCGGAUAUUCCGUGCUCUAUUCUAA